UGGUAUGCGAUAUACAAGAGGCAGCGAAGCGGGCAUGGAUACUAGUUGGUACUCUUGGUCGAGUUGCGCACGCGCAGAUCUGAGAUCGAAUCGAAAGGCGAUGACGCUGAAGUUCCUAGGAAGUCGUCCGAAGGUCUUGGGGAUAUGAGGCAUUUUCCAUCGCAAGUGGUAUCCUAUCGGCGAGUUGAAGAGCGGUCAAAUGCUUUGGUUCGUCUGUUUACUUGCGUCCAAGGCGACUGGUGGUCGGGAUCAGGACAGCGGCAAUUUCUCUUGACAGUCUCUCUAGCACACCAUUCUCAGGCUACCCUGCCACGUCACUUUCCUCGGGACACAUUCGUCGGGUAUCGAUGCUGCAACAGGUGUUUUUUCUCGAUGCUGUGCUUGUCUUCCCUUGAUUUUGGCAUGUCCCCCCUUGCAGGUUUGCAUCUGUCAAGUUUGGGUUUUGGGCGAUGGCAUUUCGAGCAGGGACAUCCUGGCUCGUGGCCGUUGCUCAGCGGCCGCAAAAGAAAGUUUCAAACACCGUUUCUUCAGCUCAACGCGACAGCGGUGAAGCGCUCUCCACACCUUGCGAAGAGUAUAUGGCCACCUCGCCAAAAUAUCAAGCCUUCUAAUCUGGGGGCUGACGCCUCGGAAACGUUGACGAAUAAAAGAAUCUUGGCGGAAAAAGAAACAAAGUUGUGCGGUCACCGAGGUGGUGGCGCCAUAUGAGAUGUCGUGGAGGAAUUUCGGUGUCGGGGCCCUACAUAGAACAAGUUAUGCCGCGUUACACAAGGCAAUUCAAGAGCCAAUCGCGAGUUUUUGAAAGGCAAUGUUUGAAGUUAUCUCCCAUCGCUGUUUGUACGUAAAAGUCGGAAAGAUUAAGCAAGCACAACAAGUGCAGGAAGUUGCAUCAGGCCCAAAUGUGGUGUUGGAGCCCGCAGACUACUGCAAGCCCGACCAGUUGUGACAGGAUGAUUGUACC